AUGAUUCCGUGGGACAGAAUUGCCUCCAGGUCAGUCGCUCUCGAAUAUGAUGGUCAUUCUCCUGGCCGAUCAAGCACUCACACAUUCUACAGGCAUCCCCACUCAGAUCAUCCAAUCGAACAGGAUAUUUUGAGCGAACACAAUCUCUUCUUCUAUGUUGAACGGGGUCCGACACAGCUGCAUCGAGUUCUGGAUUCUCCCAUGCUGGAGUCGGCCCAGGAACGACGGUUUGCUAUAUCGCAGCUGGGCAUAGGAAAUGGUUUCUUCGUGGCUGAGCACCCCUCCCGGAUUGAGGGUGCUUUACAGUCCAUCUGUCACCAUUUCACCUAUUAUCAGUCAGACGAAACGUGUCGUCCCGCCUCGUCUUACCACGAAGAUUUGGCAGACUUCCGAUUAUCGUCAUACCCUUCUGAGGAGGUACGGUCGCUCGAGACCUUCGACCUCUCCAGGGCGACCUCGCCUAUUCUAUCGAGAUCAACACCACCAACCAAGACCGCGAGAUUUCCUAUGAGCGUGGACGCAUUGAUCAAUCCGGCCACCCCACAUAAUCGCAAACGAAAGCUAUCCGACGAGCCUAUUCCCGAGCUCACUCCAGACGAAAGUCACAGUCCCGAAGACCUUGAAGUGCUGAGAUCGCCAACGAUGGUGAGGAGGUCUUUCACCUACACAUGGGCGCCAGAUUCCAAGCAUGACCAGACAACCCGCACGCGUAAGAACAUCCAGAUGCGACGGUUUAGGUCAGACUCAAGGGACAAUGGCAAGCAUGAUGGGUUGGAUCGAGAGCUGGCUGAGAAGCACGGGAAUCUACUGUUGGAUUUUUCACGAAAUCGUUGGCCAGUGCGAGUUGACGGCUGA